AUGUGCACAUAAUUUCACACCUUCUUAAUGAAGAGAAAGCAAAUUUGUUUCCCAUAAAAGGGUACCACAGUGUAAUCACAAAAGGGUCCACAUAUAUAAACCAACACAGGGGAGGCGCUAACGUGCAGGACAACGCCAGUGCCCCUCUGCGUAAAACAUCACACGGUAUAUACACCCCCGCUCCUCGCAAUAUUUGAUCACCUGCCAAAAUGCUUCGGAACAAUAUUUGGGUUCCCAUCGAGUCCAACCCGGAGUCCCUCUACCUUUACUCCUGCAAACUUGGACAGUCAAAGUUGACGUUUCAGGAUAUCUAUGGGUUUGAUGCGGAGCUCUUAGAUAUGAUCCCGCAACCCGUACACGCAAUAAUACUCUUAUACCCCCUGAAAGAAGGCAUGAGCAAUUCAAAUACUGAAACGGAUGGAAGUACUGAGCAAAAUAUAGACAAUAUUUGGUUCAUAAAACAGGUUGUUCCGAAUUCAUGCGGAACGGUGGCCCUUUUUCACCUCUACGGAAAUUUAAAGAAUAAAUUUGAGCUAGACAAGGACUCCCUCUUGGCUAAUUUUUUCGACAAGGUGAAGGACAUGACGCCCGAAAAACGCGGACAGGAAUUCGAAGUAAACAAGAGCAUCGAACUGCUUCAUCACGAAUUUUCAGGAAAGGCUUCCAGCACGGGGGAUGACAUAGACGUUGAUACCCACUUUAUCGUCUUUGUCGAAAUUGACGGGAGGCUCGUCGAACUGGACGGAAGGAAGGACCAUCCCGUUAUUCAUUGCACGACAACUGCUGCCAGUUUCAAAUACGACACGGGAAAUGUAAUACAAAAAAAAUUCAUAGAAAAAUGCAAAGAUGACAACAGAUUUUCAGCCUUAGCAGUUGUAUCAAGUGAUGCUGUGUAG